AUGCCUUCCGACAUCCAACGACCCGUCAUUGUGGCCGGUGCCAGCCUGGUCGGGCUUUCCGCAGCCUUAUGCCUAGCUUCACACCAGGUGCCAACCAUUGUCCUCGAGAAGCACUCAGGCAUCUCUAAGCAUCCUCGAGCAAUCGGAUUCACUACGCGAACCAUGGAGAUUUACCACUCCCUCGGCAUCGAAAAUGAAGACCCAGCACCAGAAGACUUUAAACUUGAGCGAGCCCACGUCGAAAGCAUCACGGGCAAAUGGCUCGACAGUUCCUCUUGGUCCGACACAGAGAGGAAGCCUAAGCCAGAAAAGCCAAAGGAGCAGCCCACGAAGCUUGGUUCUCCUAAGAAAGAGUAUUCUUUCGCUCGAGGGUCCGCCAUCCCGCAGGAUAAACUGGAGCCGAUUCUCGAAUCAUUGGCGCUCGAGCGCGGCGCGGAAAUUCGCCGUCAGCAGAAACUUAUCAACAUAGAACAAGAUGAUGAGGGAGUCACCGUGACAGUGGAAGAUUCAAAGGGCCAGCACCAAACUAUCCGAGGCUCUUACCUCAUCGCCGCCGACGGCAAUCGCAGUACCGUUCGCGAGCUACUUCAAAUCCCUCGACAAGGCCGCGGGUUUAUGCAGAAUCUCCACAGUGUCCUUUUCCACGCAGAUCUCGCCCAAUGGACAAAGGGAUUUGUUCAAUUCGACAUCGACCAGCCUGAUCUCAAAGCCUUCCUUGCUUCCUAUACCGACGGACGCUGGGCCCUCAUGUUCAAAGAUGGUAUUGAGCGCGACGAGCCGGCUCUACGUGCUGCAAUCUAUCAAGCUGUGGGAAGAUCGGACUUCCCAGUCGAGAUCGUCACGACUGGCAACUGGGAACUAACUGCUCUUGUGGCGGACACCUUCCGCUCUGGACGGGUGUUUCUUGCUGGCGAUGCGGCGCAUACCCUGCCUCCUAAUCGCGGUGGAUACGGUGCAAACACUGGAAUUCACGAUGUGCACAAUCUGGCAUGGAAGCUUGCUGCUGUUCUCUCUGGACAUUCAUCAUCUGAUCUUCUGGAUACAUACGAUACUGAGAGACGCCCAGUGGCUUUACUUCGCCAUGACCAGAUCUUUGCGCGCGCUGAUUAUAAAAUACAUUUAGACACGGCUACUCCAGCCGGUGAGAAGAUUGACGACGACGCCAUGGAGUUUGGUCAGAUUUAUCUAUCUAAGGGAGUUGACGGAGCCGAUGAGAGUCUGCCGAGGGCCAUGAAACCUGAUGAAUGGAAUGGCCAGCCAGGUACUCAUUUGCCACAUUUCUGGACCAUUAAAGAAGGAGAAAAGGUUCCAAUUCUUGACCUUAUCGGUCAAGGAAAAUGGACCUUGGUCUCGGAGAGCAGUGAAUGGAGCGAUGUUGUCUCUCAGGUGAAUAAGCAGUCGCCUAUUGCGCUCGCAUCCCUUCAGAUUGGACGUGAUGUGCAGCUUGUUCAACAGGGGGAGUUCAAGCAAGGCUUUGGCAUUUCUGGAACUGGAGCUGCUCUCAUUCGUCCAGAUGGAUAUAUUGCUUGGAGGGCAAAGGAGUUGCCUGUCAACGCCGGCGAACUUCUGGACGAUGUCUUGUCCAGGGUUGGGUUUAGACCCAUCGUCGAAAAACACGAACAAACUGAGUAG